AGCUUUUAAAUUAUCUGUGCUCAAUUCUUGAAUUGUUUUUGUAUAUACUAUCUCCUAGUUAGCUAUAGCAAACUAUAAGUUGAAUAAAUCUUAGCUAGGUGCCUAUAAUUUAUGUUAUGAAGAGAAGAUAAUAACAAUAGAUUUUAUCCAUUGCAAGUUAAGCUAGAAUUAGCUAUAUUUUCCUUCACAUUUUUAUAUUGUAUCUUAUAUUGUAUGGUUUUUCAACUUAUAGGUGGAUAUGUAAGGUUUAAAUUCUUCAAGAACUUUUUGAUCCAAACGAGAUAUAUUUGGAAAAAAAAUCGUGAGAACUAAUUUUCCCAAAGUUGACAAAAACAGGCAAAUAAUUAGCUACACAGAUUUUGUGUUUUCCAGCAAUUCACGUUUGUGGUACCAUCUUGUUUGUUUUGAAGUUUGAUUUGAACUAAUUAAAAGUUUUGAUGUAGACCAUGACCCCUUGCCCCAUCCCAGUGUCAUGAAACCAACUUUUUGCGCUCAGCCUCAACCGGUUUUCCACGAUGCAGAUUAUUCCAUGCAAAAGCGGGUCAGCUUUGCUUUAGAUUUUGUCCGGAUAUUUUCGAGAUCCACACGCGAUACAAGUAGGGAACACUGUGCUACUGGAAAUGUGGUGUUGUAAACACGUAUUUCAUACAGUUUAUAUAGGAGGGUUAAUGCCAAUACUAACAAAAAUUUCAGUCAUGCUCUCACUGCUUGAUUUUUUUGUGCUUACUUCAACUUGAUAUGUUUACGGGAAGUGAAGGUAUAACCUUAACGCGGCGAAUUUUUAAGGUGAUGUAUUUGUUUGUUAAGAUAAUGUAUUUGUUUUCAUUAAAAGAAAUGAUAUUUGUACGAAAGAAUUCAUUAUAGAUCUCUUAUACUUUAAGAUGAUAACAAAACAAAAUAAUAGUGCGCAGGUGUGCAGGGGAUUUGAAAGUCGAGAAUAUUUUAGUGUUCAAAAGAAAUUGAUAAAAAGGACGGAGUCUAAUGAAAUAUUUUUUAUUAGAUUAAAAUCUAAAAACAUGUAUUUCACUUUUGUUAAGAUCUUAAAAUCGCAUGUAAAGUAAGAAAGACGAUCAAGAGAACAUGACAAACAGUUGUAUUUCAGAUAUUUGGAAUCGGGAGAGUCGACUGCCCACAGUUGCAAUAGUUGUCGCCUUUAAUACUGUUUCUUGUGUCAUUGGAGUGUGUGGAAAUGCAAUGAUAGUUUUUCCACUGAUGGCAAGCAAACGCCGCAUAAUAUUUGUAUCGAUGUGCUUGUCCAAUAUAGUUGUUUCUUUGAUAGAAAUUCCUUUAAUUAUGAAGAUACUGACUACAAGAAGUGCGUGUAACGUAAAAGUAUUAGCGCAAAUGUUUUUACUUUUUGACAUUUUAAAAACGAUGCUGGAGACUCUAUUGUGUGGUUUGCGAGAAUGCAUAAAAAUGAAGAAUAAACAACUCUACAAUAGAUUCACUUCAAGUCAUGCUCCUUAUGUUAUUAUACUGCUAAGUUGGAUGGUUCCAAUUAUACUCUCCUUAGCAUUGUUUCACAUGCAGUCGACAAAGUUUUACUUUAUUUUUGCAUCUGUGUACCUUCUUUAUGUUGCACUAAUGAUAGCUGUUACAUUAAAGGCCUUCAAAUUAUUCAAAAUUCAAGCAUCAAAACAAGACAAAACUUUAAACAGCGCUAGAAACAGUUAUUAUCGCUCAAGCAAAACAUUUAAAAUUACUGCAAUAAACAGUACACUGAUUGGACUGUACCUUUUAACAGCUCUUUUGUGGUCAAACUUGCAAAGGAACAUAAACGGAGCGCUGGGGGAACUAUAUAUUUGGACAUUAACAUUGUUGAACUUUCAUGUGACUAUAUUACCUUUAUUGUCAAAUCCUCAAUUUAUUAAAACUUUUUACUUAGAGCAUGUUUUACACCCAAAUGUCGUCCACCCACAAAACGUUAGAAAGAAUCUCGAGUUCGAUCACCAUGCAGUUGACACAACACUAUUCAGGAAUGUUAGUCACCAAAGGGAAGCGCGGAUUAAACGUUGGAACAACAAUCCCGAUAUCAAGACAGAAGUAGUUGAUUCUCGAUAUUCAGCUCGUGUAAAGGUCGAAGAUCUUCGCAAUUCAUAUAUAUCAAACUGCCACACUAAAUGCAUGAUACUUGGAUAGAUUGUAAAAGAACAAGCAGUAUGCGAUGAAAAUUGCAAUAUCUAAUCCUGUAAAUGCAAACAGCUGCUUUUUUAUGCCGCAUUGGUCAGGAUGGGAAAAGACAUUAUUAUGAACUAAGAACUGCCCAUUACUUCUUGUCAGACAAAAUAAAAAUAAUUAUGGUAUUGUACAACCCAAGCCAGGUCCUACAGCACGUUUCUCCGUUUCUCCAAAUACUUUCUCACACUUCCAAAUACAAACAACCUGUGUGUUUGUAUUUGGAGAGGGAGGGGGGAGGGGGGCUCCCAUCCCGAGGGUUUUUUUUUAAUUUUUUUUGUUAAUUAUUAUUGCGUUUUCUAGAAAUGCAGAUUUCUGAAAAUGUGUAUUUUACAGAUGACCGACUUUUUAAAAACAUUCUACCUAUUUCUUGUGAAAUAGUGACUUUGAGCCAAUUACACAAAGUAUUGGUACUAUUCUUUUCACGAAAUCUUUGUCGAACUUAGUUAAGACAUAAAUUUUUAGGACGUACAAAUGUGAUAAAAAUGCCUCCAUACUUGUGUAGUUGCACAUUUGUAAGGUUGAUGUUCACUAUCAAAAUACGCCUGGGAUCUAAAAAUAUUCUAUUUUGUUAAAUUGUGGAAUUAUCCGAAAGACAAAAAAAUCCUGGCGGUGAGGUUGAUCGUGGGAGUGUUGAAACUCAUAUCUGCGGAACGCCUAAAUGGUUUGGCAAAAGUUGUACUUAGUAAUUUUUUGUGCCAACAAUUAUUAAAAAGACACAUGAUGCAUUUCUGUUUGUUGUUAUUCACACAGCUCAGGCUACAAUUUUUGUAAACAAAUACCAAUGUAGUGUGUGUUUUUUACCGCUAUAUCUAAGGGGUCGCCCGUCCU